AAGAUUCAAAUAAAGAUAAUAACCAAGUUAGGUGUGGGCCUCUUUCUUUGCCUUUCAAUCUUUAUAUUUGUAUGCGCCAUUGUUCAAGACUCAGGAACCUUUUACCAAAGCACACUUGACUAUCCAUGGAAAGACUUCUGGCUUCAUAUAAAAGCUUAUAUCAGAGUCACCAUGGGUUCCCUCACUGCCUAUCAAUCUACGCUUGUUAGUGACAACAAAGCGUCCGAUAAGAUGAAAGCAGGUCUUUACAAACUUACCAGGCUUAUUCACAAUCUAAGGGUCUCUCUACGUUACCCGUCGCAGCCCGGUGGUAAUGAAAUCAGGGCAGCGACAGGAAAACCCAUGCUGUUUCCUUCGAUCCCACGCCCCACUUUAGGUACUUUACGGGCAUGGCUUGGCAAUCGGACUGAACGUGAUUUCAACUCUUUACAAAGCUACAGCUACCCUUUGUUGGAUCAGACGAAUGAACAUCACGACUUUAUUAGACCUCCUAGAGUCGCGAAAGGUAAGGGUCUUGGGUGA